AGUCAAAUCGCGGCUGCUCUCAGUGACACCCGGCUGCAGCUGCUGUUGUCGUGCAAUCCUGACCCUGUGGUUAUGGCCCGGCUGUGCUUCUGGAUCCAGCACGUGUUGACCUUUGGGUUCCGGGAAAAAAGCAAGAGUGAGACGGAGAAAUUUGAGAAAUUGUUGCAGAUGUUGCAAACUUUCUCUCCCAAUGUUCAGUGUCUACCUGUGGUGGAAGGAUUCCUUACUCGUUACCUGCCCACCUGGGAUGGACAGGCCUGUGCCUCUAUGAUCUUCUCCUUGAUCACCUGCAUCAGACCCAGCAGUUUUCAAGAUCUGUUCUCCGGAAUCUUGGAACCCCUGCACAGGCUGUUCUUCUCCUCCGACAUUUACUUUAAGUCGAUGUGUGUGACGGCCCUGACCAAGCUCCUCCACAACCAGGUCAUGCACAUUUUGGUGCCCCCAGGGGAGUCCCAAGAUGGAAGAUCUCGCCAGACUGCGUCAGGGGCGGCCAGUACAAAUCAGCACUUCUCCUCUUCACAAGCCUCUCAGGACUCCUCCCAGGAAGAAGACUCAGUGGGCAAGGGUAAAGGAAGUGUAGACAGUGGCCCUGCCGGAGAAGCCAGUAAAAGAUGGCCUGGCGGUCUGGACAUCACUUCCACAACAACCGUUGAUGAGUCCGUUGCUACUGAGAUUAUCCUGAAGCUGAUCAAGUUUUUGGACACGGUGGUGGUGGUGGCCAUGAGGAUGGAAGAUGACCACUACUUGUUGCAGCAUGUCACGCUGGACUUUUUACAUCUGACGUCCCAGAUCUGCCAGAAAUACACAGUCCCUGUUGUGUGUCUGCCUAUACAGGUCAUCCACAGACUUCUGUUCUCUGACUGCCCGGCCACUUUAGCCCGGCUUUGCAAUAUCAUAAAUUUAUUCCGUGAGGCUUUCAGCAAAGUGCCCAGUACGAUGGCAUCAUCCAGCAUGAUGAUGGGAGAGAUGAGCAACGGUCGCAGAGUCUUCAAUAGUCUCCUGCUGGACACUCUAGGGAUGCUUUGGCAAGGUCGAAUGUUUUCAGACAGAGGUCAGAAAUAUCCAUCAAUCUUCAGCUUCACCCUGCCCCGAGAGCUAAAACCAAAGGUGCAGGAAAACGCACUCACCGUCUAUCUUGGACCAGCUUUCAUGGGCUUGGCCUACAAGUUUCUCAAGGAGACUCAACCUGAAGGCAAGAAGGUGCACCCUGCCCUUAUCGAAGACUUCAAAGACCAGUAUCUGCAAUUCUUGGAGCGAGAAAACUUUCCAGAGUUCAAGGAGCUGGUGAACAAAAAUAUUAAGAACCGCAAAGCUUCCGUGCCAGCCAAAGUGGCAAGCUGAUCAUUGUACGCAGGAUUACGAGGACUGUCUUGCAUAAUGGUAAAACUGUUGGCACUAUUUAAUUAAUUUGGUAUUCUGUAAUAUGUAUGUUAUGUAUGUAUAUGUGUGGUGGCCUGGGAAAACCAGGCACAAUGUAAUUUUUUCUAUUUUUAAAUUGAUGGUGCCACUUGACAACCCUUUCAUUUGUCUGAAUGGCACUGUUUAAAUUUUUCAAAUAUCUCAAUUUAUAACGGAGUUAUGGCAUUUUGAAGUAAGGAACCGUGCGAUUUGAGAAUUUGAGAAAAACACAUUUGAAGUUAAGCCUUUUUUUUUAUCAUGAAAUAUUGUGCUAACUGAUGAGAUGCUGUAUUUUUAAUGUGCAAAUACCCUGCUCCCAGACCCAGAAAACAGAUGACUAACCAGCAAACAGGAAAAAAA